UACGUUGACCCUGCCUUUGGAAGCUACUUGCGGGUGAUGCGAAUGCUUGUUUUAUAAGUGCAAAAAUAAACAGAGAAAUUCCGUCUCUCCGGCACAUGUCAAACACAUGGAAACACGCUCUCGAUACACUGUUGUUGGGAUGCUGCAAGCAGGUUAUUGGAACAGAAGAGAAUCAUAACAGAGCGAGAGAUAUUUGCGCGUAUUCUUCGCCUAUAUAAAGUCGGUGAGGUAUCCAAAGAGUAUGGACGGAUUUUUCAUCUUUUGGGAGUUUGAUAUGGAGCAAGAGGGUGUGUGAAAAAUCGUAUUGGGCUCCACUUUUAGCGACAGGAAAAGGUAGAAACGGUGAUGACAAUUUGGUGAUAUACGUGAAAAAGUUUGCUGACAUUUGAGUGGUGCAUAUUGUGUAUUACACAAAAGUUUUCCACGAUGAGUGAGGGACUCUUGAACGAAGCUGAGAGCUUCGAGAUGCUGAAGGCUCUAUAUGAUUUCACAGCCGUAUAUCCGAAAACUAUCAGCUUUGAUGAGGGAGAAUACUUUAUCCUACAUCAGACUAGUGCUCGCCAAAGAAAUUGGUGGCAAGUAGUUAGUAUGAAGGGCAACAUUGGGUUCGUUCCGUCGAAUUAUGUCAUGAAACUAAAGGUUGACCCCAACUUCCUGAAUGGUUUUCUCGAGUCGAGCAUAGAAUCGCUGCGGAUGUCUACCGACAAAGAGAUCAACGGAAUCAUCAAUCGUGAUGAGCUCAUCGAUCGUUUGGUAGAGAAAAAAAUCAAAAUUGAAAAGAUACUAAAGAAUGAAAGUUCCGACAGUGAAAGCGAACCUCCUAUCAAAAUGGGUAAUGGAAGUGUGAAGCAUCUCGAGGACUAUUCCUGCAGCAGUCACACAGACUCUACUCAAAACCAUAAUAAUGGAUAUCAUCAUUCACCGGUUUCUUCGAAGCGUGAAAAAUUAACCAAAAAAUCUCAAUCUAGUCCUGCUGUAGGGGCGGCGAACAAUGUACCGCAAUUCAUACAAGAAAGUCCUAGCAUGAGCGUUUUAUCGUCCAAACUCAACACUGAUGAGCCCUUGACACCAACUGCUCAGGAAAACAGUGUUAUAUCGGAGGUAUCCGAAGCAGAUGCUACCAAUACAGCCACCACAACAACGACAACAACCACUAGUGACGAAAUAACCGCAAUUUCACGGGGUGACGAAGACGCUCAAAAAACAGAACAGAUGGCCGAACCCGAGCCGCAGACAGAUCACGAAACUGAACUUGAGACUACCAAUAAUGAUGACAUGACAGCUAGUGAGAAUGAGCCUCAACCAAAAGAAACCUCAGCCAAAGAAAUCACCAGCGAUCUUGAUACAAUCGCUGAAAGUCAAAAAGAAAUUCCAAUUAUAAAGAUUGAACCGCCGGAUGUGUAUCAACUCGUGGACGCCAUUCGUACCAAUACGAACCUCAGUCACGAAAUGGCUUGCGUCGCACUUCGUGUUGUUCUUAGUGAGAUAGAACCAUUGCUUCCUCAGCCAAUUGUGAAACACUUAGAGCCAAUAGCUGUUCACCUGACGGCUCCUCUGGACGUGCCAGAUUCAUUGCUAGCCCAAACGCAUGAUGCUCGUAGGCUGCGAAUUAUUUUCAGCGGGCUUUCUGACUGUAAAAAUGAUUCCGAGCAGCGCACGUGGAUGCUGCACGAAGAUGAAGCUGAUAUUAGUCGAUAUUUGAAUGAACUAAUUGAUAUUCUUACCGACGCUGAUCCAAAAAUUUGUCGCAAUGAGAUGGCCGUCGACCAUUAUCAAAGUGUGAUCAAUCUAGUCCUAUACUACCAAAUGGAAACACGUUGGUCGAUUCGCAAACUUUUGCUUAAGGCCUUCAAAGCUAUGUGCCAUCUUGAUUACACCACUGUUGAUAUACUUUUGGGAUCGGUAUUGCCUUUGGAAAUCGUCCAGGACAUGAUUUCUAACUCGAAAGACGUUGAAAAACUACAAGAGCUGGCCAACAUGUUGAUAAUUGUGUUUUCUAUCGGUAGGCGAAUGCCGAUCAACCAACAAGAACAUCUUCGAGCCGACUUCAUAAUUUUCCUAUUGAACCUGAUUGAAAAUCCACCAGAGACUGACGUCCAUGCCGUACUGCCGGACAUCAUGAUCAACCUGAUUUUAUCGUUCAACCUGCAGUUUGAAAAUUUCUCGGACAAUGUUAUAUUGGAAGCUAUGGAGCACAUUCAGACGGCUAAAACUUUUACCGAAAAAAUACUGGUUUUGAUUAAUCGAGAAGAGGAUCCUGUUCAUACCUUAAAACACACUCCAGCUCACAUUAACCCAGUAUUAAAAAUGUUGGUAGAUCUGUUCAGCAGGCCAGAAACUGCAUCUAUUUUCUACACCAGCGAUCAAAAUGUUCUUAUCGAUAUUUUAGUGCGCCAACUGUCGGAUCUUUCUGCCGGCGAACCGAUUCGCAAAUGGUAUCUGGAACUGUGCCGGAAAAUCGUUCGAAACACCAGCUAUGCCGAGCAUCAGCAUAGGAAGCAAGAUCUGAUUAAAAUAUUCACACGCAUUUUCUGCGAAGAAACCGAGUGCAGCGCCGGCGAUCAACAGAUCGUGCGUGAAAUUGCCAACGAGUUUCCUCAAAUUUUUAAAGCGUGAAAGCCGACGUCUUCCAACGGCAAGGGCGUCAAACAGCCAGGACGCCGGAUUGUAUACUACGAUGUUCUCAGUAGCAAUAAAAUCGUUCGAAUGGAAUCAAAAGCAAAAGUGGCGAAGGUACACAUCUUGGUGACGAUAUUUGUUCAAGUUUGCGUUAUACAUCUAAAUUAUUGUUAAUAAGAAGUUGAAAAUUUGUUUCGAAAUCGAUGGAUAUUUUGUACUCACCAAAGAUAAUUUAAAGUCUAAAGACUAUGAGAAUAUUUUUAAAAAAGUAUGCCCUUUUAAAUAUAGAAAUCUGAAAUGAAACAUGAAGGACAAAUGAUUGUGUUCAGUGUAAGUUGAUAUUAGGUUUGACCGGUUUGACAUAGCACAUUAAAAUUCAUCAGAACAGGCUGAAAAUUACAUACUGGUAUAUAAAUAUCUCUACUUCGAAGUCAACAUAGUUUAAAUCAUCCACACUUAAAUUAGAAUGCCGAAUCUCGGCUAAUUUUAACCGAGAUCCGCACAGCCGAGAAGUCGGCAAACAAUUUGUCUGGGAUCUCAGCAAAUAAAAGCCGAGUAUCAGUAAAUCGGGCUUCGUUGCUAAGCAACCGGACAAAUUGUUAGCUGAGUCUCGGUUAAAAUUGGGAAACCGAGAUUCGCACAGCCGAGCUCGUGAAAAAAAUCUAAGUGUGUCCAGCGAUAACUUUUAUUAGUUUAUUAAACAAGCUGACAAAUGGUCGGAAUAUUAGACUUACAGCCAUACAGAUACUGUUGCAUGACUAAAAACUACACACCCCAUGACGGAAACAUCAACCGGAUUUAUAAAAAAAAAAAUCAUAAUCCUAAUAAAGACAACUUGGACUUUCGAUGAAAUUCAAGCUAUAGUUCUUCCCAGAUUUCAUUCAAAGAUUUCGCCAAGAAUAUACAGAUCCUUUUGAACUGAGAUGUUUAUAAGUUUUGCAGUAACAAUUCAAAGCCAUUUCUCAAAAAAAAGUGAGGGGAAAUACAUCAUUUUUUUCUGACAAUAUCGUUAAUAUUUUCUAACGACAUUUUUGUAUUGCUUCGGAUUUUUAUGCUUAUUAAAUUCUCUUAUAAUCCUUCGUGAAAUUACGUAAAUUUUAAAAGAAACCCAUAAAAUUUCUCAUAAAGAUACUGAAUUUUCCACGAAUCCAUCCAAUAGUUCUUAAAUGGUAUCCCCUAGGAAUGUAUUUAAGAAUUUCCAUAGCAUUUCUUUCAAAUUUUUCGUUCAUUUUGAAAAAAGGAACCUUAGAGACCUUCUAUUAAAAGAGAUUAAACAAAAAAAACCUUGAGUUCUUUCUGACAUUCUCAACUGUACAAUUAUUGGGUAAUUGAAUGUCAUUUGCAAUAUUUUUGGUUUGAAUUAAAUAGAAACUGAUGAAACAAACCAGACAUCAGCCUUUCAUACUUUUUUUUCCUAAUUUCAUUAUUAGAGAAGCAAAAGUUAUAUAGACCAAGAGUCAAAAAGUACAUCACCACUACAUAUUUGUAAACUGAACAAAAUCCAAUUGUUGCGAAUUUGGAAAUUAAAACAACCAGUCCUUUCAUGCUGAUAUCCACACUAAGUCAAACAUGUUGUUAUUAGUUUAUCGGAGAUAAAUAUCCACUAUGAUAGUAAUGUUGAAUUAAUACAAAUGCUUUACAACUCAGAUUAUAACCUUCAAGUCGUCAAAUGAAAAGAAAAUUUUAACGAAAUUCGAAAGCACUUAAAUGCCAAAACUUUAAAACUAUAGAAAACGGAUAACUGUAGCAUACUUAACAAGAUUUUAACACAACAAAGAAAAGACAACAAAGAUAUAUCUAAACGAUGUACGAUAACUGCUAGUUAUAUUUUGAUAGGUUACAGAAUGCAUUUGAAGUUUAUAAUAGAGA